CGCUGAUCGUCCAACUCAGGACAGGACAAAUCGGCUUCAAUGCUUUCCUCUACAAGAGAAGAGUGCCCGGGGUCGACAGCCCUCUCUGUUUACAGUGUGAGAGCGGAGAGGAGAUGACGGUGGAACACGUUAUACUGAAAUGCCGGCGGUGGAACGAGCUACGAGCAAGAGUCAUUAGGAACAACGCCGGGGACUCCCUAGCCGCGAUACUCAGCACAAGACAAGGGUGCCUUGAGGCGGCCCGCCUAGUCCUGGCCACAGACCUGCUGGCACAGUACAGGAACUACAGAGAGGUGGGGGAGGAGGGCGACGAAGGAGAGAUAGCAACAAGGGACGAAGAGGAAGAGAUGGAGAGGGAGGGAGAGAGCGAACAAGAGCGGGAGUAA